GCAGAAGAUUCACUGGAUCAAAGUCAAACCUAGUUUGGUUAAUGUGUUUUUGAGAUUCUCAAUUUCACACUCACUUUUUUGUUCCUCCAUUUUCACAAAAAUUUCCACCAAGAUUCAAGAUGCAACAACUUCAUCAUCUCCACAAAAAUCUCACAUAUCCAAAACCAAACAUCACAAUCCAUAAAAAAAUCCAUUUUCAAUCACCAUCCUUAUUAUCCACAACCAAACCCUCAAAUUUUCUUCACAUACAAAAUUCAUCAUUUUGUAAUGCAAUAGCAUGUAAAAAUAAUGCUAAUGUUGAUGAUAAUGAAAAUGAAAAUGAAAAUUCCAUGAAGAAUGAUAAUGAGUUUUCUGAGAAAAAGAGCUUUUGGGGUGCAGUUAGUUUGAUAAUUGGAGCAGCAGUUGGGCCUGGAAUGUUGGGCUUACCAUCAUUAACAAUAAAAUCAGGCCCAAUACCAUCAACAAUCAUAAUCUUAAUUUCAUGGCUUUAUGUAAUUUCAUCAAUAAUUCUUGUUGCUGAACUUUGUUUUGAUGCUAUGAAACAAGAUAAUGUUGAUGAAGUUAGUUUCACAAACCUAGCAACAAGAACAUUAGGUCAAAAAUUUGGUUCAUUUGUUGCAUUGGUUUAUACAAGUUUAUGUUUUUCAUUACUUGUUGCAUGUGUUGCUGGAAUUGGAUCAAUAAUUUCACCAAUUUUACCUAAAUUAAACAAUUUACUGAUUCAUUCAUUGUUUCCAAUUUUUGUUGGAACAUUGAUUGUGUUUUUCCCUUUUAAUACUAUUGAUUUUGCAAAUAGGGUUUUGUGUUUUUUAAUGCUUGUUUCAAUAACUGGAUUGGUUGGAAUUGGAAUUGUUGUUGCUAGAGCUAAUAUAAUAAGCUCUUUUAGUUCAAUUUCAUGGAAAUUUUCGUCGAUUUUGCCGAUUAUACCGGUUGCUGUGUUAACAUUAGGGUUUCAUGUGAUUACCCCUUUUAUAUGUAAAAUUGCUGGUAAUACUAUUGAUGAAGCAAGAAAAGCAAUACUAAUUGGUGGAACUGUUCCUUUGGUAAUGGUUUUGUCAUGGAAUUUGAUUGUGUUGGGACUUGUUGGAUCAAAUAAAGGUGCAAACUUUGUUGAUGAUCCUAUUACCCUUUUGCUUUCUGUGAAUCCUUCUGCUUUAUCGGCAGUUCAAGGGUUUGCUUUUACGGCUAUGGCGACUAGUUUGAUCGGUUAUGCCGUGAGUUUGCCUAAGCAGAUUCUUGAUACUAUUGAAUUGGUAUAUGGAAAAAGUGAUAGUAAUGAGUAUGGAAAUGGAAGAGUUGGAUCGGUUUUUUAUUCAGGCGGUGGUGAUGCUGGUGAUGGUGUUGGUUAUUCGGGGAAAGUUGGAUUUGGAAGUUCAAGAGAUUUGAGUGAAAUGAUAAUGAAUGAGAAAAGACUUGAUGGGAUUAAAGUGGUUGUUACAUUGUUAGUACUUUGUUUAUCAGUGCUGAUAGCUUCAUAUUUUAGGUCUACUUUUUCAAGAGCUCUUGAUUUUGCUGGUGUUUAUGCAAAUUGCUUUCUUUUUGGGAUUAUUCCACCUGUCAUGACUUAUAUUCAUCAACAAUCCAAGAAGGAAAAAGUCAGGUCUUUCAUUCCAGGAGGAAAUGUGACACUUCUGCUGCUUUUCAUUAUCUCAGUCAUUUUAGGAAUUUGGCAUUAGCUGUUCUUUGAAAGACAAAGCUUAGAAGGAUUUGGUUUAGAUGCAGCGAAAGUACCCUGUAGUCGCAACAGUUGUUAGAUUUCAACCUUUGGAUCAAUAUCGGGCAGUUCCUAUUUCGAAUUUGUAUUUAAAAUAUGAUUUCGUGGUCAUAUUGUAAAUCAUCAAAUCUUAAGAGUAUUUUGACCGUAGUAGAAUUUCGGAUCCGGCCUAGAAAUAUGCCAAAUUUUGUAUGGAACAAUAGUUAGUGAUGUAGCUCAAAUCUUGUAAGUAUUGAUAAUGGAGUUAUGAAAUCAAGUUGAUCAUUUUCUGCA